GAGAGAGAGAGAGAGCAAAGUAGGCACUGUAAAAGAGAGAGAGGGGCAGAGCUAUAAGAAAAGGAGAGAGAGGGAGAGAGAGAGAGAGAGAGAGAGAGAAGUUUGCCUAAACCCUGUUGGCUUUCCCAGUGUGCGUAUCCCAGUGUUGCUCAGCGAACCGUGCGGUGGACAGUGCCACUGUGUCUGCGUGUAGCUCUGGUUGUAUUGAACUCUGCUCGCUGCUGACCAGUGGAGAGUGAAGAGUGGGAGGAGGAACAGAGAGCCGGACGCCCUGUCGGUGGGUUUGCCCAGGCAGAGGCGAUUUUCCAUGAUAGGUUCUGCAACCAUGCUGGAAAACACAGGCGGCGCAAGAGCGGAUGCUAAAGUGAAUAAUCAGUCAGAAACUACUAAAUGUGCAAUGGAAAGUGGUGACGGGAACACCGGAAUCCAAAUCAAUGGGUUUGACUUUCAGAGACAGAUGGUGCCAACCACAAGUGCACUCACUAAUGCACAUGCACAAGCCCUCCUCCAACAGUCUAAGUCGGAAGACUCGAGUGCUCUUCCGACCUCCGUCCAGCAGAGCGUAUUGCCUCAAACCCAGCUAAUGUUGGCCGGGGGACAGAUUGCAGGAUUGACCCUGACCCCAGCGCAGCAGCAGAUGUUGAUCCAGCAGGCCCAAGCUCAACUCCUGGCUGCAGCCGUGCAGCAUUCAGCCAGCCAGCAGAAUGGCACCAACGGGGCCAGCAUCUCGGCCUCCGCAGCCACACCCAUCACCCAGAUGCCCAUGUCACAGCCCAUCCAGAUCGCCUCUCAGUUCCAGCCGCAGAAUUUAAGUAUGCCUCAGUUUGUCCUGCUGCAGCCCGGACACCCGAUCACCACACAACUGCAGCCCACUCAGUUCAUCAUCUCACAGACACCGCAUACCCAACAGGGCAUAUUGCAAGCCCAGAGUCUUCUAACUCAACUACCUCAAUGCCAAGCUAACCUCCUGCCGACUCAACCAAGCAUCACCCUCGCACCUCAGCCUGCCACUCCAACCCGCACAACAGCAUCCACACCUAUUCAGUCCCUGCCCCACAGUCCGACACCACCCAAACGGUUGGAUACCCCCACUAUGGAGGAGCCUAGCGAUCUGGAGGAACUGGAACAGUUUGCCAAGACCUUCAAACAGCGGCGCAUCAAACUGGGAUUCACACAGGGGGAUGUUGGCCUGGCCAUGGGGAAGCUGUACGGAAACGACUUCAGCCAAACUACCAUCUCUCGCUUUGAGGCCUUGAAUCUGAGCUUUAAGAACAUGUGCAAACUCAAGCCAUUGCUGGAGAAGUGGCUCAACGAUGCAGUUUGUGCAGAGAACCUGACAUCUGACCAGGCCCUGUCCAGCCCCAGCGCCCUGGGCUCUCCGGGCAUGGGCAUCGAGGGGAUCAACCGCAGACGGAAGAAGAGGACCAGUAUUGAGACCAACAUUCGAGUGGCCUUAGAAAAGAGCUUUCUGGAGAACCAAAAACCUACCUCUGAAGAGAUCACCAUGAUCGCUGACCAGCUCAACAUGGAGAAGGAGGUGAUUCGGGUCUGGUUCUGCAAUCGCCGGCAGAAAGAGAAGAGGAUUAACCCCCCCAGCAGCGGCAACCUUGGAUGCGGCACCCCCAUCAAAACCAUCUUUACCCCCAGUAGCCCUUUGGUGGCCAGCACAGCAAGCCUUGUGAGCAGUCCAACUAUUAACACACCCACCACUCUGACUGUAAACCCAGUGAUGCCUCUCACCAGCACCAGCGUCUCCAGUUUGUUCACAGGCACAAACACUGCAUCCGUCAUCUCCACUGCACCUAUUUUUACUACAGUCAGCUCUCCAUCUUUAAGCCCGUCGCCAACGUCUAUUCAUUCCUCGACCACAGAGGGCAAGGCGCACACCAUCGUUACCCAGGCCCCGACAUCCUUAGCCACCGCUUUAGGGACGGGUCAGGUGAUGGUGUCGGCGUCAGGGCUGCAGGCAGCGCUGCAGAAUGCCCAGUUACCCAGCAGCUUUGCUGCUAUGGCUGCUGCCGCUGCUGGGCUCAACCCAGGACUGAUGAACUCCCAGUUUGCUCAAGGGGGGGCCCUGCUCAGUCUGACUUCUGGUGGCCUUGGUCCUGCUCUCAUGAGCAAUAACACCUUGGCUACGAUUCAAGGUGUGUAUCAAUCUCUGGCAUCAAGCGGCGCCAUCCCCAUCACUUCUCUGGACGGCAGCAACCUGCUGUUCGCCAACACUUCUGCUGGCAACGGGCACAACCUGGUCACCACGCCGCUCUUCCUGAACCCCCAGAACCUGUCGCUGCUCACCAGCAACCCCGUCAGCCUGGUGUCGGCCGGGGCGGGGGGGCUGCAGGUCACUGCCGAUGCUCAUCAUCAAGCCACCACGGCUGCCGUGCCUGUGCAAGCCUCGACCAUUACCACUGCCUCCAAGGCUCAGUGAAGCCAGUCAGGCUGCAUCCUGAAUUAACGCCCUAUUUCUUAUGUCGUGCACUACUCCUUUCACACCAUGUAGGGAAUAGGGAGGUCGUUUGAUAUAGGCUCUGCGCUUCACUAACCACCCCACAUUCUUUCCACUGUAUCUAUCAUUAUUUAAUCCUUUUGCUGCCACCAAAAAGAAAACAACCUCAAAUGAGGUUGAGGUUGACUUUUUAUUUUAUUUUGAGUUUGUUUCCUGUUUUUUCCUUUAUGUGAUUCUUGGAUGUUUAUUUUCUCACAAACAGUAGCCAGACGGACACUGUUGUUGGCCUGCCGCUCCUCAUGAACCUUGAAAAGUGUCCAAGAUGAAAAAUAUCCUCGGCACCAUCAAGCUGUUCACAUUUUGUAUAUAUAUAUAUAUAUAUAUAUACAGUAUAUAUCCUCCUAUUUCCAGGUCAGAAUUUUCUCUGAAACACUUCUAACCAAAAACUUUAGGAUUUUUCUCUUUUAACAUUCAAACUAAACUGAUUUACUACUAAUUUCACAAUAUUCAUCUUCACUAAUGGGGAUUUGUGUGUCACCCCAUCUUUAAUUAUCUCUUUUGGGUUUUUUGGACAGGCCUUGACGUAAAUCAUAUCAAAGUUAUAUUGUAGAGAUUUGCUUUUUCUUUAUCUUUGCGGCCUAUUUUAUUUUAUUUUUUUUAAUAUUUUCAGAACUUUUUAAGUCUAAUAUUAAGUUAAGAAUUAACUAUCAAUUUUUAAUCGUGGUUAUAAGGCUUUAAAAACAAGUAAUAAGUGGCCGAUAUAAAGGUUAUCAUUGCUUUAAGGGUCAGAGGGACAAGGUGUGUCUCUCUGAGUCUCUCUUUCUGGAAACACUGAGUUUUACAUUUUGCCGCGGUGGCGAAGUAGCCUCCGAGCUUUUUGUAAAAUGACGGUCUCGGUGCGGAUUAUAGACACUGAUAGAAAAUGACUGACGUUGCGUUGAGAGCUUUAUAAAGAGCUGCAGACAUGCAGUCCCAUGUCUGAUUAAGGGUGAUUUGUUUUGGAUGGUGGUCCAUUGGAAAUCUGUACAUUGUGUUUGGAUUCAGAGGUAGAAAAUAGAAGUCUGCAUGUGUUGUCUACAGCUCAGGCAGAUGCUGAGAGUUCAGUGACUGCAUGAUCCACAAGGCUCUGCGGCUGACUGGUCUGUUUUGGGGGGGACUAGUCAGGUGGCAUGGUCGUCAUACCAAAUGUAUGGGGGCGUCGGCUAGAUGGGAAGAGCAUCGUG